AUUUGUCAAGUCUAAGGGACCCAUAGUUACAUUUGGCCAAUCAACUCCCCUCUUCCCAGAGAUGCCGGGGUAAUGGAAUAAAACUCCAUCCAUCUCCAGGGACCAAGGGAACAAACAGGAGAGGGACAACAGUGAUCUCAACUACUUCUACUAUUUUGGGGGUGACAGAAAACCCCCCAAAUGGCUUCUGGUUCAGCAGAAGUAAUGAGCUGAACAUAUUCUCAGGGACAGGUGCACUUGGAGGUCAGAUGGCCAGGGCUCAAGUCCUACCACCCUGUCUCUGCAACCCAUUCUCAAUAGGAGCAAGUGACUUUCCUUUCUGAGAGUCAUUUUGAUCCAGGAUACUAUGAAGAACUCAUGGCAGAUGCACAAUUCUUUCCUUCUGGUGCCGAGAGAAUCACUUGGAGUUUUCUUUCUCUAGCAUGAACAGGCACAUGCAUUUUUCAUUCUGAUUGUGACAUGGGGCCAAGACUUUCACACCUUGGCAAAAGCUCUCAGAAAAAUAUAAGAGCCACCAUUGCGGAUGGUCUUGAAGGACACUUUCAACCCAGCCAUGCCAGAGCAUCAAGGAGGGCUGCAGGAAUAUAAGACCUUCCUGUAGUGACCCAGGCACAGGGACAUUCAAAGCAGGAGGAGAUCCUGUUGGUGUGGGAAAGCACAAGCAACUUGGUGGAGACAGUGGUAUUGGAAACGGACGGGGUGUUCCCAGAGGGAGAGAGAGAGGUCACAACAGGAUGAAAGAAUCCACUGAGACCUAACAAAAAGCACCAUAAGUGUCCAGUGGGUUGCUUGCACAUCACCCAAUGGACGGUGGGGAGCCACUGCAGGGGUCUGAGCUGGCAAGUUCACGAUCAAAUAGACCUGUCCAGCCACCCCUCUACAACUCUAUCAUGCACCUGGGCCUCAUGUUCCACACGUACGUUUGACUCAGCUACCUUUUCCUGAGCACCUGUGGAUGGGAUCAUGAGGAACACACAGGUGCACGGGGCUAUGUGCUGUGUCUUCCAAGCAAUGGAUUUAAUGUCUGAACUGGCCCCUCGGAAGUCACAUCUCUCUUUAGCCAUUCCCCGUUACACCCCCACAGUCCAGCUUUGCCUCUGGACUUGGAAUGAAGUGUGCUCCCAUGUUCCUUGAGGUCCUUGCAGAAACCCCUUCCCCUCCCUAGCACGGCCCUCCCCACACCAGCCUGCAGGAGACCUUGCCUAAAGAUCACUCUCGGACACUACAGGGUGAGGUGGCUUCUCGCCCUCCUCAGGGCUCAGGUCAUGUCCUCUCUGUUGCAGUCCUUACACUGCAUGGCUUUAUCUUGUUUGUCUAUGCGUUGAGGCACAAUAGCUCAGCUCAGGCCCUGCAUCUCCUUGGGAGCUGUCUUCCCUGGGGCUAAGGAAAGACCCAGAACAGGGUAAGCAGAGUAAGUGCUGAGGACUAAGAAAAUAGAAAUACCAAAUACCGGGGGCCAGGCACUGGCCACAGAGACUCUUCUUUCGUUCUUAGGUCCCUCUGUGUGAUAUGCAUUCUUAUUGCCAUCUUGGAUGGCUCUGUGACUUGGGCAAGGGCAGGCCACUGUGAGUUUGCAGAACGGGGAUUCCAAGGCAAGCCUGUGUUUCUGCACAGGCCCAGAACGCUUCUGCUCCAUCCUGCUCCACGGGUCAUGCGUGGCAACCGGCUGGGAUGGAACUGUGUGGGCUAGAGAAGCCACACACAGGCCACUUCCUCUCGCUCACCUUUCUUGACUUCCCACUCAGCCAGGAGAGCUUCUUCGAGAUCUUUAUCUUGGCUCCUGCACUUGGGGAAGUUCCUGAGGCCAACCAGCACCCAAACAUACCUCGAAUGUCAUCUAGGAGAGAUGAGGAAAGGAUUUUUCCAUGUGGUCACUGGGUGUGAGUAACUGUCCCUGUCCCUGUGACUCCCACCUCUUCCCCUUGUCCUGGGAAACCCCACCCCAGGUCUUCAGAUAAAAGCUCUAGGCACCGAGGAUGAGACCAGAGAGAGUUACCUUGGCUUCACCCAACACACCGAGGCUGCUCCAAAGAGGCGGGAGCCAAACAUCCGAGAUGAAACUGACCUCUGUGGCCCUGGUGUGCCUGCUGCUGGCUGCAACAUGGCCACAAGACGUGGACAGCAAGAGCAUGCACGUGUCUUCCUCCCGAUGCUGCUUCUCAUUUGCGCAGAAAAGGAUUUCCCAGAAGACGAUCCAGUGUUACAGAGAAACCAGCUCCACCUGCGCUUACCAGGCUGCAAUUUUCAAGCUGAAGGGAGGCAGAGAGAGCUGUGCCUUGAAGACAGAGAGAUGGGUUCAGGGUUACUUGGGAAAACUGAAACCCUGCCUGCUGGUGUGAAGAUGAGCGGUUCUUGUCCAUCCUGGCCUCUGGAGAUCCCUGGGUUUCACUCGUCCCCCCAACUUCCAACUCAGAGGAUGUGCUCAGUCUUGAUAAGCUA